AUUUUUGUAUUUUUUCCCCAUCUCUUUCCCCCGCUUUCUUUGAUCUGUGAGUCUCUCUCCCUCGAUCUCCUCCUACCAAAUUACCAAUUCCAAUUCCCAUUCUUUCUAAACUUGACUCUUCAUCGCCACCUCUCUCCCUCUCUAAAAGUUUUUGAUCUCUCUCUAUCUCUACAGAAUUAAUGUUGAUGCUAGUAGACUGUACAAACUGCCGGACACCCUUACAGCUCCCGCCAGGAGCCAACUCCAUACGCUGCGCCGUAUGCCAAGCCAUCACUCGCAUCGCCGACCCUCCGGCUCGCAGCGCUCCGCCACCACCUUACGCUGCGGCUGCCGCCUCCAGGCACGGCCACGGCCAAUACUACCCCCCACCGGCUUCUCCGUCUCCGUACAAUCAUGCGCCUCCCGGUCAACCCCCGUCGGCCCACGGCCACAAGAGGGCCGUGAUCUGCGGGAUCUCGUACCGGUACUCGCGGCACGAGCUGAAAGGUUGUAUCAACGAUGCCAAGUGCAUGAAGUACUUGCUGAUUAACCGAUUCAAGUUUCCCGAGUCCUCCAUUCUUAUGCUCACUGAAGAAGAAAUUGAUCCUUACAGGCACCCGACAAAGCACAACAUUAGAAUGGCAAUGCAUUGGCUUGUACAAGGUUGUCAGCCUGGGGAUUCACUUGUGUUUCAUUAUUCUGGUCAUGGUUCGCAGCAGAGGAACUAUACUGGGGAUGAGAUAACUGGAUAUGAUGAAACACUCUGUCCAUUGGAUUUUGAAACACAGGGAAUGCUUAUUGACAGUGAAAUCAAUGCAGCAAUCGUCAGGCCUCUUCCGCGCGGGGUUAAGCUUCACGCGAUUAUAGAUGCUUGUCAUAGUGGCACUGUGUUAGAUUUAGCAUUCCUUUGUAGGAUGGACAGGAAUGGGAGGUAUGUAUGGGAGGACCAUCGUCCUCGAUCUGGCGUAUGGAAAGGAACAAGUGGUGGGGAAGUCAUUUCCUUCAGUGGCUGCGAUGACGAUCAAACCUCUGCUGAUACAUCUGCUCUAUCCCAUGUCACCUCUACAGGUGCAAUGACAUUUUCUUUCAUCCAGGCAAUUGAACAGGGACAAGCAACUACGUACGGGAAUAUGUUAACUCAUAUCCGAUCCACCAUCCGUGAUGCAGAUGCAGAUACAGAUACAGGUGUCGGAGGUGGUGUUGUCACAUCGCUUCUCACUAUGCUUCUAACAGGAGGGAGCUUAGGUAUGGGGAUGAGACAGGAACCGCAGCUGACGGCUAAUGAACCUUUCGAUGUGUAUUCAAAGCCUUUCUCCCUAUAACGAGUAAAGCACUCUCGCCUCAUGGCUUAUGAUUUAUUAAAAGAGCUGAUUGAGCAUGUACAGUUACUCGAGGAAAUCUCGUUUCCAUUGUUUGAAAAUUUUCAUUGUUCUUGUCUUUUACGCUAUGGUGUUACACUGUCAGUGCUGCAUUAUUUUUCACGAUUCUGAACUCAUCUCUUUCCCCAAUUGUGUACUUCUGCACUGAUUUUAUGCGCAAAAAAGAUCGAUGUAACUGCAGCUGUCGUGGUAGUUGGUACGUUAUGCACUUG